AUGGCCAAGCGCAGCCACGACGAGGUGGCCGGCGCCGAUGUGGGUGGCCCGAAGCCCCCCAAGGCGUACAAGAACAACGACUUCUUGAAUUCCACGGAGGCCCGCCUGAUCCGCAUCAUGUGCGAGCUUGAGGAACCGAAGGAGAGGCUAAACGCAAACUCCGUGGACAACAUCGUCAUGUUCUUCGGCUCCGCGCGAGCGAAGCCCAAGGAGCAGUACGAGGCGGCGGUGAAGGAAGCCGAGGCCAAGGCUAAAGCCAAUCCAGAUGACGCGAAGAUCCAAGCUGCCCUUGUGAGGCUAAAGAAGCAGGAGUUUCUGGUUGGCAUGUUCGACGUGGUUAGGGAAACUUGCCGAUUGCUUAGCGAGUGGAGCAUGAAGCGUAGCAAGCAGGGUCUGCCCGAAUACCACGUGGGCACGGGUGGCGGCCCUGGAAUGAUGGCAGCGGCCAACGAGGGCGCUGCGAUGGCCAAGGGCAAGUCGAUCGGCCUGGGCAUCUCAGUUCCUUUUGAAGAUGGCCUGAACCCUUGGGUCACGCCGGAACUGGGUUUCGAGUUCCACUACUUCUUCACACGCAAGUUCUGGAUGGCCUUCAAAUGCAUGGGUUUGGUGGUUGCCCCCGGAGGCUUCGGGACGUGCGACGAGCUCUUUGAGCUGCUGACCCUGAUGCAGACGGGCAAGAUCAAGCGCCAGCUGCCGAUUGUGCUCAUCGGCAAGAAGUUCUGGAAGGACUGCAUCCAGUGGGACGCUUUCGUCCACUACGGCAUGAUCUCCGACUGGGACGCGCAGCAGCUCCGCUUCGCUGACACGGCCGAGGAGGCCAUGCAGCACCUCAUCGAGGGCAUCGAGGCCCUGGAGCAGGCGGAGAAGAAGGCCUAG